AUGUCGGGAACACAGGAAAAUGGGGCCCAAAAGCCGAAGACAAAAGGAUUUCCGGUUCAGCAAUUGUUUGUCUUGUCAUUAUGUAGGAUAUGCGAGCCAAUAUCGUUCUGCUCAAUUUUUCCCUACAUCUACUACAUGAUUAAAUCAUUCGGAAAUGCAAAAACCGACAAUGAAAUUGCCGUUUACGCGGGGCUAGUCACAUCUGCAUUCGCCUUUGCUGAGUUCACGACCGGUAUGAUGUGGGGUAGGAUCUCAGAUAAAUACGGGAGAAAGCCUGUAUUGAUUAUGGGGCUUGUUGGAACCAUGCUUAGUAUGAUUAUCUUCGGAUUUGCGAAGAGCUUCCCGGUGGCUUUGCUAGCAAGAGCUGUAGGAGGAGCAUUAAAUGGAAACAUUGGUGUUAUUCAAACCACCGUUGCAGAGCUGGUAACUGAGAGGGAGCAUCAGCCUAAAGCGUAUGCAGUUAUGCCAUUUAUCUGGUGUUUAGGUUCUAUCAUUGGUCCAGCUCUAGGUGGACUUUUGGCCGAACCUGUCACUAGAUAUCCCAAUUGGUUUUCCCCCGGUGGAAUCCUCGAAGAAUAUCCAUAUCUGUUUCCAAACAUGGUUUCGGCAGGAAUUCUUGUUAUAGGAAUCAUUAUUGGCUCUCUGUUCUUGGAAGAGACCCACCAGGUUUUAAGGGAGAAGCCAGACCGUGGUAUAAUUGCUGGAAGGAAGAUUAUUGCUUUCUUUAAACGGAGCAACAACGAAAAAAGCAAGUACGAGGGACUAAAUGGAUACAAUUCCCCACCCAGCGAGUCUGAGAGAUUGAUUGCACAAGAUGGAGGAUCAAACGACAAUUCAGGCUACGAGACUUUUGAUAACUCUGUAGCUCAGGUUAAGAAGGCUAUAAAACCUCCAUCGGUUGAGAAAGCUUUCACGCCUCCAGUAGUGCUUCUAAUUGUCUCAUACGGAAUUCUUGCCUAUCAUACUAUGGGUUUUGAGCAACUUUUCCCUGUAUUCUUGUCCACUCCUCCUGCAGAUGAGCCGCCUCACCACCCUUUCAAAUUCGUCGGAGGAUUCGGUCUUUCGACUCAGGCGAUUGGAUUCAUCCUUUCUAUGCAGGGACUUAUAUCCAUGACCGCACAGUUCUUCCUCUUCCCGCCAAUUGUUGAGUAUUUCGGGUCGUUCAAAGUGUAUAGAUUCUGUAUGCUUGUCUACCCGAUCGGAUACAUCAUCGUUCCCUACCUCGACUUUCUCCCAGCAGAAUACAGCAUGGCCGGUAUUUAUGCUGUCCUUGUGAUCAAAAUUAUCUUGGGUGUCAUGGCAUAUCCAUGCAACGCUAUCCUGUUGACGAACUCUGCACCGUCUCUACUGGUCCUCGGUACUAUCAAUGGCGUUGCAGCUAGUACGGCAAGCAUCUUCCGAGCUUUUGGCCCGACUAUCACUGGGAUAAUAUAUUCGAAGGGUUUGGACUAUGGCAUUGUUGGGUUAGCAUGGUGGGUUAAUGCUGCUGUGUGUGUUUUGGGCGGAAUCCAAGCGUUGUGGAUGGUCGAUGGAGCACUCGUUCUCCACCCUGAAGUAGAAGCGGGAGAAAUGGAUGAAGAGGCCGUGGAACAAAUGGCGGUGGAUGUACAGAUUGCUCAUGCAGGAGUCAGUAGUACGGAGGGCUUUGUCAAUGAGUAUCACAUCGUGAAGAAGGCUGCGGAGGACGAAAUAGAGCAUCAUCAGCAAGAGGUAGCUGCUAGCUUCGGUACAUCAAGAUCAUUUGAUGCAUCAGGAUCGUUCAUCGCAUCGAGGUCAUAA